CUGAGGAAAGGUUCUGAUCCAACUGUAGUAUCAGAACCAUGAUGCCUUCAUGGUUCUGGAUGGCUCAUCUGGUCCUGGUUUGUCCUCCAUCUGAAGGAUCCAAGAUGAUGUCAGCUCAGUUUAGACUCAUUCUGUUGACUAAAUUAGGUCCAAAUGGGUUGAUAAUGGGUUCGUGUCUUAAAUUCAUUUUAUUCCGGUGAAAUGAGAUGAACGCAGUUCCUCUCCUGCCACCAGAGGGCAGCAGAGACCCCGCGGCGCUCCGACCAAUGUCACGUGACCGGGUCAGUUCCUCGGAGUUCAGUUAGCACCAGCUAACGGCUAGCGCCGAUUCCUCGGAGGUUACUUACGGAGGGGAACCAGACCCGAGCCGAGCCGUUCACCACUCCCGUCCCACAGCCUCCAGCCUGCGCUGCUGCUCUCUCUGACCAGAUUCUGACCCGGUUCCGACCCGCUCCUGUCCGGCUCCUGUAGUUAAGGUGGGAACAUGUCUGCAGUUCAGCGGAUGAAGGUGGCCAACGAGCGGCACAGCAAGACGAUCACACAGCGGGGACACGUCCAGAAAACCUCGAGGCCGGUGAACGAGGACAAGUCUCCGGUGGGUCCCUGGCUGCUGGCGCUUUUCGUCUUUGUGGUUUGUGGAUCAGCCAUCUUCCAGAUCAUCCAGAGCAUCCGACAGGGCAUGUGAUGACCUCUGACCCCAGAGCCAAGCCUGCCUUCAUCACCCCGCCCUACACACACACACACACACACACACACACACACACACACACACACACACACAGAGACAUACAUGGGCAUUUCUGGCUUUGUGGGGAUUGUAAAUGUUAGGAUUGGUCUCCAUAAACCUGAAAUCCGGCCUGGACACUGGGUCAUUGUGAAGACGCGUCCCCACAGUGUAGCUGUGACCCUGAAGGUGACAUGUGUCUCCAGAUGUUUCCCCUGAUUGGAGACUUGUCCUCACAGUGAAGUAGCAAUCCAGCUGUGGAGACAUGUCCUCAGUGUAAGGACAUGUCUCCACAGCUGUCCUGAUGUGUCCCUGAUUGUCCUCAUAUUGCUGAGUUAGAGCCCUGGUCCCUACAGAGGCAGAAAGACCAGAACACACACACACACACACGUUCCUGUGGAGUUCAACUCAUUUCUCUUCCUUCUGUUACUACAGAACAUUGUUUUUUUAUUAUUAUUAUUAUUAUUAUUUUCUGCACUGCUGCUGGUGAUGAACUGAUGGAGUUGCUGGUAUCUGAUGAAGUCUUAACUGUUUUCCUUCCAGUCGUCCAGCCGCCUGCUGCUGAUUUAGAGGGAGAUUCUGUUGUUUCUGAACCCGAUGAAGCUUUGAUUGGUCCCUCAGAGUUCAGAGUCACCGUCGGUAAUAAUUAUUUAAAGAUAUUUAUGAAGAGUCUGCAGUCGACCCAUCCCUGAAAGCCAUAAAGCUGAUGUUUCAGCAGAGGAUCAGAAAAACGGGGCCAGUUGUUUACUGCUCUCUGUUAAGCUGUGACCGUUAACACUUCCUCUGUAUUUCACAAUAAAAGCACAGCACGCUCUGUCCGCUGGUAUAAUGUGACUUAACCUAACAGAAGCUGAUUGCAGGGUGAGUCGGUUUCCGUGGCGAUAAGCAGGAUUUCUCUUUAAUGCUCUGGAAACAGCAGCUUUAGCUCCGCCUCCAUCUCUGAUCUGCAGGAAGUGAAUUUUACUGUAAAACUGAUGACAACAAGCUCCCUGCUGCAGCUGUUUAUGUCUCCCCCUGCUGGACGAUUUCUCCACUUUUAUACAAAAUAAAACUUCUGAUAUUUUUCUC